AAAAGAUCCCCAGUUUGUGGGGUGCCCAGUGCCCAGUUUGGGGGUUCCCGGUUUAAGGGUGUGUGUCCCGGGUGGGGGGUGGGGGGGGGCACACUCUGCUUUGUGCCCCCCAGGGCGGUUUGGGGGUUUUGGGGUGGCGCCGAGGGGUUUUGGUGGCGCUUUGGGGUUGAGCGCCGGGGCUCUCUGCUGGGUGAAGCGCGGUGCUUUUAUUUGCUGUUAACCCCCCCCCAUUAAAAAAAAAAAAAAUCCUCUGAUCCCCUUCUGGAGGCACCCGGCAGCAGGUGCUCCGUCCCCAGGGAGGGGUGGAAGCGCCGUGUUUCAGAUUUCAGCGCGGAAAUGUUGGAAGAAUAGGAUUGGGGGCGGAGGGGUGAGCGUGGCUGGGCUGGGGGGGGGCUGGCGAGCGGCCCCGAGGUCUGGGAAGGUUUUGGGGCUUGGUUCUGCCCCGGGGGGGGCUUUGUUCUGAAUCCGUGCUGUCUGCUUUGGGGUGCCUUAGGGCAGUGUGGAAUGGGAGCCACAUCAGCUCUCCGGGUCUGCCAGGACCCUAAAAAACAGCCCCCGGCUGUGCCAAGCAUCUGGGGGCUCGUGGUGGGUUUUGGGGGAAUACAGGGAAAUGCAGAGCUCCCAGCCAUGAGGGUCUGCCGAAUUCCCCCAAACUCCUGCAGAAACCCCAAUGGUGAAUUUCGUGGGAAGUCUGACUUGGGUGCUUUGACCCCCCCUGCCUCAAAGGGUUGAAAUCUGGUGUUAGGAGCUGAACCUUAGGCUGUAUGGUGCUGAAUUCAAUUUUCAGGCAGGUUUUUGUUUUAAAAAAAUCAUCCUUAACAACGUGAAGCCCGGCAGCGUUGGUGUCUGCGUGCGCAAAACUUCGGCGGGGCAGGUUUGCGACAUGGCAAGAACCAAACCCAGCUGCGCAAGGCUCGUGGCACCUCUUGCUAAACGCUGCUUGGAUUUAACCCCCCCUGCAAACUCCCUUGGCGCCUCCUGUCUGAAACACAACCAAAGCCGUGUCCCUUUCUGAAAAAUGAAUGCAAAGGAGGGGAAAAAAGCCCUGCGAGGAGCCGACCCCUUUCCAAAUGCCUGCCAGCGGAGGCAUUGCCCCGUUUGCAGCGCUGCAUUUUGGGGCUGAGCCCGGCUGCAGCUCCCUGAGAUGGCGACCGCGCUGCGUCCCCUCCAGCCGAGGGCCUUGCACCCAGCAGGCGGCCCCAGCCAAGCACCGUGUGCUGCGGUGCCUUCGGCUGCCCCAAACCUGCCCAUGGGCAUGCUCGGGCUUCCCCUCUUUGCUGCGAGCCCGGCGAGGAAUUUGGUUUCUGUCCCUGGCUGAGGACUGCUGUUAUUAAUAUCCCUCCCUCGUUAUUUCUUCUGCGCCGCCGCUUUCCAGGCUGAAAGCCAGAAGAGACGCUGCCGCCGAGGCGGGGUUUGGGAGCGGGACCGGCGAGGUUUGUGUUGUGCAGUUUGCAAAAACAUUGCAAAAUGCAAAAAAUUCUGCAAUUCAACAUGCAAAAAUCUGUAAAAAAAAAACCGCUCAACAAUUCCGCAGUGAGCCCAGAAAGCAAAAACAGCUGGAAGUGGUGCUACCAGAAGGGGGUUUUUCUCCCCCUCCUGGGUGAGCGCAGUGCGGGGGCUCCACGUGCGCCGUGCCGGGCUGGGGUGAGCAACCCCAAAUAACCCAGGGUGAUAAGGUGAGCGUCACGCCGGCCCUGACUUUCUCAAGGCACUGCGGGGCCUGAACUCUUCCUCCCCAUGGAGCUCCUGUCCCAGGAGGGCAUCACCGGGGCACAGCGUCCUCACCCUCCUGGGGUGACUUCUCCAUGUCCUGAAGAGCUCCCAGCGGAUAAGAAACAUUUCUCCUCCCUCCACAAAGCAGAGGAGCUUGCCCAGACCCUUUGGGGGAGCACCAGGACCGGAGACCCCCAAAUCUGAUACCCAAGUGAGAAACCUUCCCCUGCCUGCACCGUGGAAAGGCAGCGCCAUCACCUCGGAGCUUCCUCGCGAAUCCCUGCUGCAAUAUUUAUGACCGGCUGCAAUCAAUAAUUAACCCCUGGGAGGGAAAGGGCCUGAGCGCUGGGGUGAAGGGUGCUGUGGGUGUGCUCGAGGUCUAUGCCCAGCCCAGGCUGGGGCAAGGUUGGAAGGAAAGGAAGGGAAAAUCCUGAAGCAGCCCUCCAGCGCCAAGGGGCUGGGCUGACGGAGAGCACACGUGCCCUUUGUGCCUGGAAGGAAGGGGCCAAAUCUGUCAGGUGCUGCCUUGUUUUGAAAGCUCUGUUGGGAAGCCUACCCUGGGGACGGCUCGAGCCACGUUGGAACAGUCUGCCUGUAGGAAGCUCUUCUCUCCGCCUCGAAAGCAUCCUCGGCUGAUGCUGCUGUCCCUAAACUUAGAGGCGCAGCGCUGACGAGCUCCCUGCGAGGGCUGCAACUUCAGCAAAGCACCACGGAAAGAAGGAAAAGGCUGCUGGGGGGAGCCGCUGCUGCCUGAAAGCUGGAGGGAUGCUGAGCUGUGAGCGGGUCCUGGGCUGGGGCAGGGGGCCCACGCUGCCCCAAAAUGUUCCUUGGAGGUGGGUUCCUCCAGGGCUGCCUGCUUUGGGGGAUGCACCUGGCCGGGCUGCUCCGUCCCCGGGACCUGGUGGUGCUGCCAGGGCUGGGAAAGUGAAAAAGCCAGCAGCAAUAAAACUUCAAUUUAAGUUUUCCCAAUAAAACUGGGAAGCUGCCCAUGUGGGAUGAAGGAGGGCAGUCGUGGCCAGGCCCCUGCCCUGCUCGCCCCUGUGGAGCAUCACCAAAUUCCCCCAGCCCCAAGCCCGCAUCCUGCCCCGUGCUGUCCCCGGACGCACUGGGGUGACCCCGGGACACCUCGCAUUGCCUCAGAGAAACUGCAGGUUUUUUAUUAUAAAAAAUACAAUAGUGUGUUUAAAUUAAAAGCACGUUUAACUAUUAACACGGCACACGGCAGCACCUAACAGAUGGCUUUUCAAACGCAGCUGAGGGGCUGCCCAGUGGGGACCUGUGCUGGGGUUUCGUUGCGCAUCCCUUUCCUUGUGGUGCUCGCCUGUCCCCAUGCGUCUUCCACCCCGUUGUGCCCCUACAGCAACUUCCCCACUGAAGCCACCCUUAGGGCUGUGCCAUCCCCUCUGGGUCCCGCUAGGAAAGUCCCGUGGGGCUGGGACUGCUGCUUGUUGUCAAAUAAUGCUGGUGGAGGCACUACAGCGAUGCUCCAAGCCCCGGGGGAUGGAUGCCUCUGCUUUCCUUCAAUGUUGUGCAGCUGAACGGGGCUGGGGCUCCUCCAAAAGCAGAUUUCUUGCACGGGGUGGGACACGAUGCCCCGAUACCUCCCCAGUGCAGCCCCUCUCGUUGCAGCACCCGAUUGAGGAGCGAUGUAAUUACUGCAAAGGCAAAUCCGUGCCGGCCCUGCCUGCUUGGUCGCGCUCCAAGGAAGGCAGCGUUUCCUUGCAAAGUACGGGGCCAUGAAUAUUUCAUGCCUGAGGAGGAUAUUUCUUUCAGGAGGAUGUCGCAUGAAUUAUGGAGGAGCUGGGAGGAGCAGGCGGGCGCUAUUUUGGCAGGGCCAGCUCCCACAGAGGGGCUCGGUGCUGCCGUGGUGCUGCCCUGGUGCCGGGGGUCCCGAGUGGCAGAGGGGGGCUCGGGGCAAGGCUGCCCUCAUGGGGAGGUGCAGCCCUGUCCUGAUGCAGGGCUCUUCGCUUCCAAGCAGGUUGGUGCCUGCGUAGUGAACGGGGAAGCUCUGCACGAGGUUGGGUUUGGGAAGAGCAUCGCAGCCGAUGGCUUGGGGACCCUUGGGAGAGGCACCAGGGCUCCCCAGGUAGCUGGAGGGGAGCAGCACGGCAGUCGCAGCCCUUCCCUGCUCCACGCAGCCCUCCUGGCUCUUCCUCAUCUCCUGUGCGUCCUCACGACUGGCUGCGGGCUCAGGAUGCUGCUGCUCAGCACCGGCUCCCCCCAGCACCCUGCGCCUCUCCCAGCGCAAUGUGCUGCUCCCGCUCUGCCCCAUCCCCACGGGUGUCCUGCUGCCUGUCUGCUCCGGCAGGGCUGGGGGGAAUUAACUCUGCACCACCAGAGGCUUUCGUGUUCGUUAAAACAUAAAGAUUUUCCUCUAAUUGUCCUGUUGGUGCAGGGGAAGUAUGUGCUGUCUGGCCGUCACAGUUAAUUUUACCACCAAAUGUGCUCUCUCCUUCUUCUGGCUCCUUUUUUUUUUUUCUUUCUUUUUUUUUCUUUAAAGAGAGAUUCCAGCUGCCCACAGGAACAGUAGGUGGAAAAAACCCUCCCGCAUCCACGUGGAAGCCCAAGCAGAGCUGAGCUCCCCUUUUUUUGGGAACCUCCCCAGGCCUGGGGAAUGGUGCUGGCCUCCCGGGAUGUGGCAUACCGGGUCCGCAGAUGCCCAGUGCCAAGCCGGGCUCUUGCUGCCAGAUGAAACUCCUAAAAAUAAGAUGGGAAUAAAAGCCCCCGCUCGCUGCCACCGGCUCUGCUUUAACUGCAGAUUAAAGUGGUUUCUGCUUCGUGCAAUGGCCCAAAAUAGGCGGCAGCGCUAAUGACAUUAGUGCUGCUGGCUUGUUAGGCAGCUCCGCGGCUUGGGUCCUGCUCCGGGUCCCUCUGGGGCUUGAUCCUUGCUGGCCUCGUGCCUUCGGAGCAGGACGGCAGCUUCGGCUCCCAGCUACAGCCAGGAGGGAAGAGAGGGGCCGGGAGGGUCAUUUGUGGCGUGGCUUUUCUUGUUUUUCUAUCAUUUAGACCCAAAAUUUGGAGUAACCGCCUACCCAAACCAGCCCCGGCCACAUCACUGGGUCUGAGCUGAGCGAACUCUCGCCCUCUGACAAAGAGUCCUCCAAAACCAAUAAAUCCACCACAACUAUUAGUUUUAUUUUAUUUACUUUAUUUUAUUUUUAAGGACUCUUUAAGGGGUGUUAGCACUGGGCGAGGACUGGCCGGGUGUCAGCGGGGAGGCAGCGGCAGCGUGCUGCGGGCGCUUGCUGUCGCUCAGCGUUAGCUGGGGAAGCGUCAAAGCCACCACUGCUGCGUGGCCCCGUGCUCACGGCGCAGAAAACCUCGUUCCUCUAAAAAAAUCCCUUCUUUCUUUUCCCUUCUGGCUUUCUAAGGAGGGUGGGAGCAACCUGGGGAGGCAGGGGGGUGAGAGCUGGGUCCGCUUGCCAUUGUUCUUUGCAUUUGGGAACGUGUUCAGCCUCUGAUACUGUUAGGAAGGGGGGUAAAAAAAAAUAAAAAUCAAUGUGUUUUGUCCAAGUGUUAGCCUGGGCAGACACGGACAGACCUGGAACCUUGUUUGGAGCAUCGCAGCCCAUCUUGUGCUGGCGUCGGGUAAAAUAACCCGGUGCCUUUUGUGCCACCGAGCGCUCAGCUCACGCAGGUUGGCAGCUGGGUUUUGAGGGAUCCCCAGCAACCUGGGCAGCAUCUCCUCUUGUCCUUGCCUGUGAGCCAUCGUUGUGGCUGGGAUGGGACCGAUUCACCCAAUUUGGCUUCCUUCCUGCUCUCCUGGGCACGUGUGUGGGGUUCAAGCCGUGCUCCCAGACCCCAUUCCCCUUCCCAGCGCGGCUGUGCCAGGGCAGCAGCCACAAGAGGGAAGCAAAACAUCGCUCAAAGGCUGGAGCCAGCUGAAAGCUGCUGGGUGGGGGUGGAAAAGGAAAAGGGGCAUUUAUGGGUUAUGGCUUUGGUCCCCGGGCAGUGCUCGGUGUGCCGGGCAUGGCCUGGCUGGGCACACCGCGUGGGCGCAGGUUUUGGGGUGAGCGCGGAGCGCAUGGGGGGCGGCUGAUGGCAGAGACAAAGUGUUGCAAAGCGUGGGAUGAAACCUCAGCACAAUCCCUGCCCUGCACGCUGGAUUCGUGGGCUCAUUCCUAUCGGGAAUUCAGCUUUGUUCCUUCACUGAGCCAAACUCGGUGCUGCUGGAGCCUCUGGUGCCUGCCGCUGGUGCAGCCCCUGCGAUGCCCCAGGGUGUUUUUGCUGCUGUCUGAGCCCAGAGGUGCACCGAGCUGUGCCGGCCUCUGCCCAGCACCUCGGGGUGCUCAGUGGGGUGCAGGGUGGCUCUGCUGGGUGCUGCUGGCUCUGGUUUUGUUGGCUCUCCUGCCAUUAGGUGGGAGUGUUGCAGAAGAAAAGAGCGCGGGUGCUUCCAUCGCUGGGUUGGGAGCGCAGCUCCAGCACCGCUGUGCCGUGAAACCCAGGCACCGUUCCUUUGUCCUCCUUCACUAUGGGGACAAAGAGGCACAAGGAGGGAUUUUUUUAGGCUGAAUGUGUGCAGGAGAGAGGAAUAAACCCCAAGAAGUGGCUCUAGCAUUGCAGCUGGAGGGGGUUUGGCCAGGGAUGGGCAUCGCUGCCAAGCAGCGGAGCUUGCUGUGGCCCUCGGCUGCUCGCAGAGGAGCAGGUUUGGGACCCCCAGGCUCACCCCGUCCCCUCAGUUCUGGCAUGGGGGGCUUGGGGAGAAGCCCACGAGCCUAGGGAGGUCCCCUCCUCAGUGGUCUCCAGCAAAGAGGCAGGCUGGGGCCUCAAGCAGCAUUUUCCUGGGGGUCCUGCAUCGGCUGGGCAGGACGCGGGCUCCAGGGUUCUGGAAAACUGCUGGAGGGGGCUUGGAGCCCCCCAAAAUGGGGAGGUUGUUGGGCUGGGGGGGCUGCCAGGGGGCUGGCACAGCCGCAGCAGCCUUCCUCGCGAGGAGGAGGGGUUGUGGCUCACAGCCUGCAGACGAAUCAUCCCUCUUUCAUUGCUAAUUCCUCCCCGCAAGCCCGGAUGGGCUGCCUUUUUUCUCCCCCCACCCCUCCCAUUUCUUUAAAAUGCAACUCUUUCCAUCAAAAUCUGGUUAGUCAUGAAGCGUAUAAUGAGUUUUAUAUAUAUUUAAAAUGGUCUGACAUUCGGCAUCCCAUUAUCCCCACUCCUCGAGAGAAACAUGGACUCGAUGUGUGAGUGUUGAUCCAAUAAGAGCGCAGUCAGUACCAUUUUCGCUCUCUGAAAUAUCCAUAUCUAUUACCCAUAUUCAUGUGCUGUUUGUGUGUAGGAGUCUCUUUCUUGUGGAAAGAAAUCCAAGGCUGUUUCUUUUUUUUUAUUUUUUUUUUCCUCGGGCCUAUAAUUUAUGUAUUUUUUGGGCACGCUGAAUUAUUUUGCUUGUUUUUGUUUUGCAAUUUUUUUUUCCCCUCCUUUCUUCAGUAAAUCACAGCUCAGCCUCUAAUUACCCAGCGCAGGAAAGCUUCAACGUCUCUUUUGCGAGUGGUUUUUGUGCCUUCAGCUGGCAAACAGCCGCGAGGGGCUGCGGGGGUGAGCCCGGGGUGCCCCGCUGGGCGCAGGCCCCGUGGUUGCUGAAAUCCAUCCCGAGAGCCUGCGAACUUCCAGCGGAGACUUUUCCGGCUCUCUGUCCUCGCUCUGAGGUUCAUCGCUGCCUGACGUCAGUGAAAACCUUCCUUUUGCUGAAAAAAAAAA